AUGGAAGGCGUGGCUGCAUUCACAGCGUGGUUCAUCUCCAUAUACACCAUCGGAUACUUGUUCGCCUUCAAAAAGUGGCCCAAAAAACAGAGAGGCGAAGCAUCAAGCUGCCUAAUCUCCCUGGCACACGGCACCCCAGCACUAAUCCUAUCAAUGCCAUCCCUCCUCCAAUCCCAAUCUGAAUUGGAAUUCGCAUCCCCAAACACGCCCUUCCAAAACCUAGUCCUCGACCACAGCAUUGCCUACUUCAUCACCGACCUCCUCCACUACCUCAUCCUCACCCCCACCGACGCCCUCUUCAUCCUCCACCACCUCGCCACGCUCUACGUCCUCGCCACCUGCCGCUUCGCCUUCGCCCACGGCGCCGCCGCUGUGCUCGGAAUCCUCGCGCUCGCUGAAGUUACUUCAUCUUGUCAGAACGUGUGGAGCCUGGCGAGAUGCCGGCGGGGGGAAUCGGCUAGGGCGGCGGCGCUAGUUGAGUUCCUGUCGCCGUUUUUCUAUGGGUUUUACAGCGUGGUGAGGGGGAUUGUCGGGCCGUUGUAUGUGUACAGGAUUGGGGUUUUGUUUGGGGGUAGUGAAUUGGGUGGAGUGAUUCCGAGGUGGGGUUGGGUUUCUUGGAUUGUUGUGAUGGCGGUUGGGAUUGGGUUGAGCAUUUUGUGGGUUCUUCAUCUCUGGCUUCACUUGUACAGCCGCAGCCGUAGAGUCAAAGAGGAGGUCAACAAGUUAAAUUAG